AUGCCUUGUCUUGUCGUUGGGACCUGGACAUUCUCCAGAGCAGCUGUUGCUACCACCUCCCAGUGUCUACAAGAAAACGUGUCUUGUACAGACGCCGUUGAAAGGGGCAUUAACCAAAUUGAAGUGGAUGAGAGCUAUGGCCCUUGUGUUGUGGGAGUGGGCGGGUUUCGGAACUCGGCUGGUCAUUUGGAACUCGACGCCGCUCUUAUGGAAGGACGAGGGUUACGCAUGCGUUUUGGGGCUGUGACCGCUUUACAAGGGGUUCCAAGAGCGGUCUCUGUUGCAAGAGCUGUGAUGGAGAAAUCUUCUCACAACAUGCUUACAGGAAGUGGUGCCACGACGUUUGCGAAGGAGCAAGGUUUUACCAUAGAAGAUAGCUUAAUGACAGCCAAGACGAGCCAGACAGAAAAGAUGACGUCUGACCACGACACGUUAGGAAUAAUAGCAGUAGACGGACAGGGAAACAUCUGUACAGGGGUUUCCACGAGUGGAAGUGGAAAUAAACAUCCUGGAAGAGUUGGAGACAGUGCACUUCCCGGAAAUGGACUAUACACCGAUGCUGAGGUAGGGGCAGCCUGCUGCAGUGGCGAUGGAGAUCAGAUUAUGAUGUUCUGUCCAAGCUUCCGGGUUGUCCAGCUCAUGAAGGAGGGGAAAAAGCCACAGACAGCAUGUGAGGAAGUCAUCAGUGACAUCCGCCGGAAGUGCGAUGGACAAAUAUUUGAAGUUGCGAUCGUAGCAGUUAAUAUGAAGUAUCAGUAUGGGGCAGCGUCAACGCUGGAGACUUGGAAGGACCCACUCAAUGGCCAUACAUUCCAUGGAUUUCCCUAUGUUGUUUGUACUGACACCAUGUCCGAACCGGAAAUAAAGAUUCAUAAAACACUCUAGAUAUCAGAAGUUUCACAAUGGCAGGGACUGGCAGAAACUAGAUCGGUCAAAAUAAUACGCUGUAUUACGUCACAACUAUUUCAUAACAUUAUGUAAAUGACUUGUUUUCUCUGAGGGCAUAUGUGUGUUGAACAACGAUAUAAGAGUUACCUCCCUGUACACGAAAAUAAUCUGUAUGGAGAACAAAGUGUUCUGAGUAUUACAGACAACAAACUCCCCGACUCCGAGACGCUGGCUUAUCAAGUAAAGAAAGGACAUGUAUAGUAAUGAGAGAUUUAUUGUAUUUCGUCUGUUUUUACUGACAACAUCUGCCCUAGGAUCUUGAUAUCAGUAUCUUCUGAUAUUAAAGAAGAACAUUUCCUAUACCAUCACUCU